CCAAUUUCUUCAUCUUCUACUACUUUGUGAGCUCUAGAUGCUGCCUGUGACUGUGGAGGAGAGCAAGGCUCAGCGUCUUCAGAGACAACAGGCACGAUUCAGGGAUCGUGGAGGUGCAUUUAUUCCCUCGGAGAAUAAUCCCCUUAAAGAUAUUCUGCUGGCUCGCACUGUUUCUGGAGAGUCCCCUUCAAAAGCAGCCACCAAAUCACCCUACCGCCACCGAAGCCUUAGCGUAUCUCCAUCAAAGGCUAAACGCAACAAGGUAGCCAGCAAAGCCCAGGGGAGCCCUGCGAAGGUCAAGGUUUCACGUUCAAAAACCAACACCGAGGCUCCAGCGGGCUUUGUGAGUGGAAAUGCUGCAGCAGGUCCCUCUGCUGAGUUUGGAGGUAAAAUCUCGAAGGCGCAGACAAAGAAGAAAGUAGACCCGACUGCUCGUAAGGGCAAAGGCAAGGCCAAACCUACUGAUGGUAACGAUGUCUUCGAAGCAGAAACCACCAAAGUCAAACCUGCUCCAAAGCGCAGAGGACGGCCCCCGAAAACCAAAGUUCAAACCAGUGAUCUUGGCACGUUCAUUGUCAUCAUCAUAUUUUUGCAUUAUGUAGACGAUAAUUCACCCAGAUAUCGAUGCUGAACCAUCAAACCGCAAGGCGCGGACGUCAAAGGCAAAGCCACCCGAUAAAUCCAAAGUCAAAGCCAAAUUAGCGGAGGCGCCUCAAUCAGACGAC